CUUGAGUUUGUCCAAGGCAUUCAUCUAUUCAUCAUCAAACAAUAUUAAAUUGGCAUGAUCACAAUGGACUGGAACACUCUUCCAGACAAUUUACCGGUUCCCGUAGAUGAUGGUGCUGCAGAUCAUCUCAAAGCACAGCACGAGCUCGCAGAGAUUGAUCAUAUAAUUCUCCCAGCUACCUCCGGUCCCUUUGUCAAUAUCUACGCGGAAUCUUUCGAAAGACCGGUUCUUUUAUUCAUAUACCCUCGCACAGGGCAGCCGGGUGUGCCCAAUCCGAAUGGAUGGGAUGAUAUUCCCGGUGCUAGGGGAUGCACGCCAGAAUUGUGCGGUAUCAAGGAUUCAGUCGAAUCUUUCCUGCAGCUAACGCCUCGCCCUGCAAUUUUUGCUCUGAGCACUCAGGGUACUGCAUACCAGCUAGAGGUGGCAACCCGUUUGAGUCUUCCAUACCCGAUAUUGAGUGAUGAGAGGCUCGAGUUGACUCGCGCCUUGCAUUUACCUACUUUCGAAGUGGAAGGGCAGACGUUGCUGAAGCGUAUCACUCUUCUUUUUGACAAGGGGAGAAUAACGGGAUUGCAAUACCCCGUAUUUCCUUCGAAUCAGGCUGCACAAGACGCACAGAAGCUUUUUGACCUUCAGUCUUGAAAUAUUUUCUAUUGUACUUAUCAAUUCCCCAGUAUUUCUUUGACAUGAUUAUGGAGGUUUUAUGUGCACCUAG